AUGAACGUGUCUGUCAACGAGACCGCUGGGGACGACCCGACGUCGCAGAUGCAAGCCCUCUCACACGAGAGCCUCGCGAACAUGAUGCUCGGCGUCAUCAUUGCGGUGCUAGUCGUCAUGACUGUGUUCGUGGGGCUCCGGAUCUACGUGAGGGCACGUCUCGUUAAGAAAUGGGGCGCAGACGACACGAUGCUUACGCUCUCGUUUGUCACUGUGGCUUUCCACGGGAUUAUGUUGUGUAUGGGCACCAGAUUCGGGCUCGGGAAGCACGUGUGGAUGACGCAGGUGCAGACAAUCAUCAAAGCUCAAAAGCUGGCCAUGUUCAUCACCAUGAUCUAUAACAUCGCCUUCGUCACCAUCAAGAUCGCCUUCCUCCUCCAAUACCGCCGAAGCUUCUCCCUGCCCGUGGUCGAAACGCUGUGCAACGCCGGCAUCGGAUUUCUCGUCUUAUUCGGCGUAUCGCUGCUCAUCUCGGCGGGCGUCACGUAUAGCCUGAUAUUCAAGGGCACCGUGGCGGAUUCUCCCGUCAGCGUGUUGGGGUGGUGGAUCGCCAACGCGGCGAUACACUUGCUCACAAACAUCUUCAUCUUUGUUUUGCCGUUGCCGCUGCUCGGUCGGCUUCGACUCGGACGCGGACAGAAGCUUGCCCUCGCCAUCAGUUUUGCUCUAGGGUUGUUAACAUGUGCUGUAUCCGUCAUUCGGAUCGCCUGUCUCCCACGAUUCUUUGCAAUGGUUGACAUGACGUACGACGGGAUAUCCAUCAUCCUCUGGUCCGUCGUAGAGCUGUCAUGCGCGGUCAUUUGCUGCUGUAUUCCCACUCUUCGACCGCUCGUGGAGCGACAACAGCAUUCCGAUGACUAUGACGGUGGCGGUAUGUUUGGCGGGGGCAUUUUUCGACAAGACAUGAGUUUCAGCGACGGGCCACAACGCGUUCGACCAGACAUUGGGACCGGCAACGACGAGAGGAUAUCGUCAUCUAUAAGCUGCGCCUCAGAAACGGGCAUGAGGAAGCCCGGCCCGAGCUUUUCCUGGCUACGGACGCGGAAACAGAGCGACCAUUCGAGUAUAAACGCCCUCGACGAGAUUGAGCCGGUGCCCCCCGCGACGCCCAUGAUUACGGCGACGGCGGCGGUGGCGAUGCCGGUGGUGGAAGUGAACGGGGUCCGCAGGGAGAGCGAGCACGGCGUCAUUGUCGUUGAGAGCGGGCGCGUCGAAGGGGGUGAGCGUGAGCGUGGCACCCCGCGACGGGCCAGCGUGAGGAGCAGCCUGCGGAGCGAUAGCAGUCUCGGUGUGUCGCUGCGCAGGGAUUUGAGCAUCCGAAGGCACAUGAGCAUAGCGUUGACGGAAAGGGAUUCGGAUGAUGAUGUGUACUAUUUCGGCGUGAAUGAGGAGGCCGUAGAUUUGGAGUGCCCGACGCCGCUCAGUCCGCCGCCAAAGUGUCGGAAGUCGACGAGUUCUUGA